UAGAUCACUUGAUGUAAAGCCGAGACUGUUAAAAAAGUCUAGUAUUAAAUACACUAUUUUGUUAUAGUGUUGUAACUUCUUGGGAUUAAAUUUCAAUACCAGUAGGAAUGGAAGAAACAUCAAUGGACUAUUCGCUUUUAAAGAUAGGUAGAGGAGAAAAUAAAAGCGACCCAGUGAGGCCUGUGAGAGAUAAUAACAGAAUUUCAAUGCAAAAAUCAACAUUAUAUAUAGUGGUAAUCUGUUUAUCAGUUAUCAUAGUUGGAAGUGAAAUAUUUAUUUAUCUGAUGUCAAGCAGAAAUAACAACUGUAACGUUGUAAUCCCUGAAGGAUACUCAGUCUUGGCAAGAAAAAGCUCUUCCCGCCACAUUUCGUCUGGCAACACAUUGCCUCAAACGACAGCGGAAUCAACAACACUUGUUACAAAAUUAACGACUAAUCAAACAAGACAGGAAUGGACGAAAGCUGAAGGGGUCACCACCGUCGCUACAAAACAGACGACUGAGAAUUUAGGUUGUCCUGAUAACUGGUUGACAUACGGACAAUCAUGUUACUACUUCAGUAAUCAGUCAGUCACGUGGUUAGAUGCGAUGGCACGCUGUCAAACACUGGGCGGCUAUCUCGCCGAGAUAAACACUGCUUCAGAAAACCAGUUUCUGAGAACACAUGCCAAACAAAUCAAUAGCAAAGAAUGCUUUCCAUCUACGUUAAUUAAAUAUGAAGGUUUGCAAACCACGACGUAUGAGGGCCAUGUAUGCCAGCGAUGGGAUUCGCAGAAACCACAUAGCCACAGCCGAAAUAACAUCAGAAAGUUCCCGGAAACGAGGCUAGCUGAUGCUGCUAACUACUGCCGCGAUCCUGAUGAGGAAGGGAUCCCUUGGUGCUAUACUACUGAUCCUGAUAUAAGAUGGCAGUAUUGUGACAUCUAUAAAUGCCCCGGGGGAAACUGGUGGAUUGGAAUGGUGAUCCUUGAAAGGAAGUGGAAAUGGAUGUCUACACAAACAGAACUGGAUAAAGGUUACACUAACUGGGGAGAUAAUGAGCCUUCCAAAGGGAAUUGUGGCUCCUUUAUGGGAGCUUUGGACUUUGCAUGGAAUGGGGAAAAUUGUAAUUUUCCAGCAAUGUACCUUUGUGAAAAAUGACAUAGUUCAAAGAAUAAUUGAAUGCUGUAUAUAAAACGUUCACCUUUCUUUUGCAUUUUAGGUACACAGGACAUGUACAGUAUAACUUUUCAUGUGUAGGAUAGGUAGGUAGGACAAAGACCAUUUAAAUGCUCUCUUUGUAAAAACAUAAUAAACUUAACAUUGGCUGCAUUAAUACAUUG